AUGAGCUUUGACGGCUUCAGACGCUCGUAUAUCGAACGUGGAAUCGUCAAAACACUGGAAAAGAUGGCAAAAUGUGGCGCCACUGCUGAGGUAUCGGUUGUGCUCUUACAAUACAUGUAUCCAAGUUUUCCCUCAAGGACAAUUCCGAAUCAUUAUGCGAUAGCAACAGGUCUGUACCCAGAAAGUAACGGCAUAGUAGAUAAUGUCGUUUACGAGAGCUCGUUUUCGGAUCAACUGCGUGACGUGCGCCGAGCCAGAGACGUGCGAUAUUUUAAUGGUCAACCAGUCAGUUGA